GUAGCUGAGGCGCCGAGCUGCGGACGCGACUCGAGGCAGCGCUGAGAGCACGAUUUUUGUUAUAGCGUCAGAGUGUCACGGUUUCGGUAAAGAGAAGGGUUUACUUGACUGACUGGUUAGUAACUAUAGAAGUGAGAGAAAAAAAAUAUCACUGCCAAAUUUCUGGGGUACAAGUGUGAGAACAAUUCCAAGUCCAGCGUAUGAAUUUGAAAAAGAAGCAUUUGCUAUCUCAUCAACUUACAACGAAGAAAGAAGGCAUGAGUGCUUGAAAAACUCUUGUAAAUCUUGUGAUCCUCAGCUGACGAUCGAUAAAUGUCAACAGUAACAGCCAGAACAACACCUCGCCGUGGUUAAACUUUGAGGGCAGCGCAGUUUGAUAUAACUUGAAGAAGUCACACAGAAAUCGCACACCACUUGUGGCGUGAUCUUCCAGCACCCGAUACACUGUGAUCAUAUUCUGAAAAACUUCUGCGCCGCAUCUCUACCGCAUUCAAUCAAAAGGCUCUAAUUGAAAUUAUACGUGUUUUUAACGGUGUUUUUACGAUUAUAAUGAAAGAUUAACAAGAUUUCUACAUUCUUACCAGGAGGAGAAUCAUUGAGAACACGACCAAUCAUCCCUGUGGCCUUGGAAAAUAAUCGUGGUGAGAGAGCAAAGCGUUUCUGAAUACGGACCACACAGCGCGCGUGGGGAGUGCGUGGGUGCGAGGCAGGAGGGGAUGGUGAGGAUGAUGGAGCUGCCUGCGGAGGAGAGGCGGAGGGGGGAACGCACCUACGUAUCAUCACGCGAGUCCCUCAGGAGGUCCAUCACUCCUGAAGAGGCAGGUACAUCGUGUGUCGGGCGCUGGGCUUGUUCCUCUACGUGAUGGACAUCGUUACGGACAUCACUGUGUCUGUGGCCGACUACAGGAAUGGGGAAAUCACCUUUGCUGCCAUCAACCUGGGCCUGGUGUUCACGCCGGGCUUCCUGUACGUGAUGUUCGCCCUCACGGAAAUGCUGAGCAGCAACACGGGCAUGCUGGCGUGCUCCAAGGCGGUGCUCUGGUUCCUCAGCUUCCCCAUCCUGCCCCUCUGGCCAAUCUUUAGAGACCUACAGAAGAUCUACCACGGGUUCCUGGCGCUCUUCCCCUCCCGACGGCAAGAGCAAAUGGUCCACCUCAACAGGCCCACGCGCUCCUACCUCCUGAAGUUCCUGGAGGCGUUCACUGAGGCGGCGCCGCAGAUCCUCCUUCGCCUCUACAAGAUCUCCCUCAGACGUCAAGAGCUUCCCUUCUCCCAAAUCGAGACGAUGGAGGUGGUGCAAGUGUCCUUCUCCCUGCUGACACUCGCCUCCAAGGUCAUCUCUACGUACCAGAAGAGCGUCACCACCCAGCAGGUCAUUGAUGGCGAGCUGGAGGACAACGAGAAGUUCACGCUCCCUUGCUGCGUUCAGAUUUUAGCGUUCCUGUGGUGGACUUCGUUCCUGGUAGCGCGCUUCGAAGUGAUGGCGCUAUUCGCUGGCUCCCUCCACGGCUGGCUCUUCCUGGUGAUCGCUGUGCACGUGCUGCUUGUGUUCCUCUUCCAGACGGUGGCCACGAGCAAACACGGCCUGAGGAGAGUGUUCGUUUAUUUGUUCACUGGCUUCGUCUUCAUCUUCGCCUAUAUAGAGUUCAACAUGAAGUCCAGGAUCAAGGUGGCGACGUGGUUCCCCUACACAGUGUACACAGUCUUGGUCUUCAUCGAGAACUCCAUCAUGCUGGUGGUGUGGUUCUCAUCACAAAAAGCCUUCACUUCCACCCUGCCAGAGGAGGAACAAGUCCUGUACGCCACUCAUCGGGAGAGGCUCAUCUUUGUGCACUACGGCGCCUUCUGCUGCGGCCUCAUCAUGAUGAUCGCCACCUUCUGUUGUCCGGAAAGGAAACGCUCCGUCAAGGACAAGGAAGUGACUGAGGAGAUGCGUCACAUGUCUGUCGCCGCCUCCUGAUCGCCCUGUGUCAGAUAGGGAGUACUUAAUGUUACUGCAUUUUGUAAGGUUGGCUAAUACCGAAACAGCUGUCUCUUAUUGUGAUGGAAAUGUGAUUAUAUUCCCCAUAGACAUAUAACCCCACAUAUAUUUUCCCAUUUGAAUAUUUUCCCUUACUUUGAUAGGAAAAACCGUUGGCAAUUAUUUACCAUGAAUCAGAUUAAUGGUUAAAUGGAGAUGGGUAAAUGGAGGAUUGGGGAUAAAGUUACCUCGAUGAGGAAAUCGCAGCAGGAAUGAAAAUGUCCUUCCCUCGUGACAUAAGCUUUGGUAUGUGUCGCUUCGAGUCACAGAAGUGAUAACUGAUAAAAGCAAAAUAGUUUCUUGAACUUGGUGGGUAUUUUUUGUCAUCAAUGUUUAGUAAGUUUAAUAGUAAUGUUUUCUAUGUACGCGUAAAUUAAUCAAUUAUGCCUCGCCUCUACUAGUUGUUGUACAGUAUUAGUAACCUACAUGCUGUCAAAUUUAUAUAUAAGUAAUAAUGAAAAAAAAUAUUUUGUGAUAAAAAUAAAAUAUGGAUGUAUAGAAAAAAUAA